CGUAUCACGAAUAUCAGAUGUUUUGAUUUAAAAAACAAAAACGCAAUGUUAUUAUCAUCAAUCCAAUUUUGAUAAAAUCAAUUUCAAAAACGAAAAUUUCUAAAUGUCAAUUCGACGAGCCGUAUCAUUAUUCAUCAAUCAUUUAUCAUCAUCAUUAUAUUGUCGUAGAAUAUUAUUGUUACGAAAUGUAAAUACAAAAUAUCCACAUCCAUUAUUCGCAUCCAAUCAUUCGAAAAGAUUUCUAUGUUCAUCAUCUGUAUCUGAUCAACAACAACAACAAACUAGUCAACAACAGCAUACAACAGAAUCAAAUGAUAAAACAACGGCAAAUAAUAACGACAUAAUAAUAACGGAACGAUGUUUAAAACGUAUCGAUAAAGUACUUGAUGCAGAUGAAUUACUUCGUGUUGGUGUUCGUGGUGGUGGCUGUUCUGGUUUUGAAUAUGAAUUUUCCAUUGAUAAUAAACAAAAUUACAAUCCAAAUGAAGAUAUUUUAUAUGCCGAUCAUGUUGUUAUUGAUCGUGAAUCAUUAGAAUAUUUACUUGGUUCAAAAAUUGAUUAUGAAGAUGAACUUAUUCGUAGUGGUUUCUGUGUCAUAGAUAAUCCUUUGGCCGAUAAAAGUUGUUCGUGUGGUGUAUCAUUUUCAUUAAAAAUGGAUGAUUUGUUUGAUGAAUUUAAGCAAAAAUCCUAAAACAAAUCAAUGUGAUAACGACCUUUUUAGAUAACCCUUUACACACCUGUAACAAGCACACACAAAAAAAAAUUUAAUUAAAAAAAAAUUUACAAAUUUAAUUUAAGUGGAUUUGCAUUGUUGUUUGUUUGUUUG